CACAAGUUAUCAGGGAGGCAUCCGAAGGACCAGUCGUCUCCUCAUCUUUUCUGCCUCGCCGUAGACCCCGUCGCCCUUCCUGUAUGGUGGAUAUUAUUUUCAGCUCUUCUUUCUUGGGUGAUAUGGGGGAUCAUUCCAAAAAGAAGCCAGGAUUCGCGAUGUGUGUGGGAUGUGGAAGUCAGAUCCAUGACCAGUACAUUCUGAGAGUCUCUCCCGACCUGGAGUGGCACGCAGCCUGCCUGAAGUGCGCCGAGUGCAGCCAGUACCUGGAUGAGACCUGCACUUGUUUCGUCCGGGACGGCAAAACCUACUGCAAACGAGAUUAUGCUGUUUGGAAUAAAAUGCGCAAAAUGCAACCUGGGAUUCAGCAGCAGCGACUUGGUGAUGAGAGCCCGGGACAACGUCUACCACAUCGAGUGCUUUCGCUGCUCGGUGUGCAGCAGGCAGCUGCUGCCGGGGGACGAGUUCUCUUUGCGGGAAGACGAGCUGCUGUGCCGGGCGGACCACAGCCUGCUGCUGGAGAGGAGCUCGGCAGGAAGCCCCAUCAGCCCCGGACACAUGCACUCCAACAGAGCGCUGCACCUGGCAGCAGACCCGGUGACGGUGCGGCAGGCCCCGCAUCGGAACCACGUCCACAAACAGUCCGAGAAGACGACGCGGGUCCGGACGGUGCUGAACGAGAAGCAGCUCCACACGCUGCGGACCUGCUAUAACGCGAACCCGAGACCGGACGCGCUGAUGAAGGAGCAGCUGGUGGAGAUGACGGGCCUGAGCCCCAGGGUGAUCCGGGUCUGGUUCCAGAACAAGCGCUGCAAAGACAAAAAGAAGUCGAUCCUCAUGAAGCAGCUCCAGCAGCAGCAGCACAGUGAUAAGACUGUAAGCAUCUUCAACCUGCAGGGCCUCACUGGGACGCCUCUGGUGGCGGGGAGUCCUAUCCGACACGAGAGCACCGUGCAGGGGAACCCGGUGGAGGUCCAGACCUACCAGCCUCCGUGGAAGGCGCUGAGCGAGUUUGCCCUGCAGAGCGACCUGGACCAGCCAGCCUUCCAACAGCUGGUGUCUUUCUCUGAAUCGGGAUCUCUCGGGAACUCCUCGGGCAGCGACGUGACGUCUUUGUCCUCUCAGCUACCGGACACCCCCAACAGUAUGGUACCCAGUCCAGUGGAGACGUGAGACGGGGCCCCUGUGACCUGUUGGAUCCCCACUACACUUCCUGCAAGGACAGUUGCAGCAUGAUCCCGGCCCCUGCAUGUGACCAGUUCAUCACAUCGCCCAGACUCAAGAGAGGAGAUUGUUUUUUUUUUUAUUUCUUACGUGGAGGACAUGGAACAAAGGAGGCACAGACUGACUCCAAGUUGUUUUCUGUUGGAGAUUCCAUUGACAGGAACUCAACAUGUGUUGCAUGACUUGAUGCGAAGACGGAAGAUGUACAGAAGACCUCCCGGUGGAUAUACAACAACAAACGUUCCCCAGAAACACAGUCGGAAACAUUUUCAUGUCGAAACAACUUCUGCAAAAUCAUUGUGAUCAUUCUGUGUCUUGUUUCUUUAACAUGAGAAUUUUUGAUACAUUUAUUGCGUUGUCGAGUCUGCGCGACUCUUUGUCUUAAGGUCAGAGCAUGAUAAUCUGCAAAUUAUUCGUGUUGUAAAAUAUUUUAUCUUAAGGGCAUCUUAAGGUUGUUUGAGCUUCUCGGACAAAAAAGUAAAUUAUUGUUAUAUUAUUUAUUGUUAGGAAAACGAUUCGUAAAGGGAGUAUUAACUGAUGAAAAUAAAAAAAAGCUGA